UACAAUGCUUCUAAUUUUUCUCUUGGUUUUGCGAUUAAGAAAGAAAAGUCUAAAUGUAACUGUUUUAAAUAUUAAAAAUAAGAGUUUAAAACAUUUUAAUUGUAUCUGCAAAAACACAAGUAUUUUAUUGUGAGCCCCUUGGCCUAUUGAUCUCAUUCUGCAGAACAGCAAGGCAUUAAACAAGGUGGUAUUUGCAAAUGCAGAAAAUACAGCUAAGGAUUUCUUAAAAAUGUAAUUCUGGUAAUGUAUAGAUGAUUUUGUGUAGAAAAUUAGAUAUGUCACCAACUACCGUAACAUAUUUAUGUACAUAACUCAGAUGUCGAUAUGGUUUCCGUGAGAGACUUCUGCCUUCUGUAUACUUGCAGAACUUUAAGGCGCAGAAAAAAAAAAAAAAAAAAGAACAACACCUAAUGGACUCCCGUGUACUUAAAGAGAUGUUUUGUUUUACGUGGCAGCUUUGUAAAACUUUUGUGAAGGAUGUAACCUCAUCUUUUGUGCAGUAUGGCCCCGUAUGUUAAAGCUUAGAAAGGGAAAAAUGAGAUAAAUGCCUUAAAAAAUUGGCUGGUUUUAGAUUGUUUUACUAAGAAUUUUAUGUUUGAAGGAGGAAGCCACAUAUACAACUAUAAGAAAUACAUCGAGUGUUAGCAUCAGAUUUGAUAUUGCUUAUUAUCUAAUGAUCUUAUGUGGAGGAUACAUCCUUUGAAAUAAUGCAGACUGAACUCUUGUUUUCAAAGCUACUGUGAGGCUAACAUGAUUUUAUUAAUCACUGUUAAUUGCGCAAUUACAAGUAAACAGUAAGUUUAAAAAAAAACCAAUUUUCUAAAUGUUUGUAUGUGAUUGAUCUUAUCUUUACCAUAUUUAGGAAGCAGUCAUGUUUCAUGAGUCCUCAAAACUGUGAGACAAGAGAAUGUAGUAGUGAGGCCAGAAGUCCUUACUGGUUCAAAGAACUCCAGGGAAACUGGGAUAGAACAUUUUACAUUAUAAGUAGAACCCCGGGAGCCAGAGGUGAAUGCAAGUUUAUCUGCAGAGCUCCGCUGCAGGGCUGAUCUGGGUCUGGAAGAAAUGGAUGAGAGCCACUGGAUGAAAUGCACUAAUACUAGACAUCUGAGUUCUCUAGUAAUGUAUAAAUAUCCCAACUAUUAUUUGUUGUCAUUUUGUUAUUUUUCUUCUUUUAUAACCUCUAUUUUAACUGGAACCUUAACACUGCAGUUUUGUUCUUUUGCUUGCUUCACUUUCCUACAGCUCAUCACCCUUACUGUGCCUUAUUCUCCAUUAUUUGGUUUACUUCUAUCUGGCACUUCUUUUACUUUUUGAUUGUCACAUAAAUAUCUAUCAAGACUUUUGUUCAAUUUUUUUUUUUACUUGCGUCAUGACCUUUGCAUACCUGGUUGAAAGGCAUAUUUUAAAUUGCAUUUUUUUUUUUUUGCUCAAAACAACUGACUUUGGCCUAAAAUAUUUAAACUAUCUUAAACAUCGUUUGUUUUGCAGGUGUUUGUGAAUGAACUUUGCUAAGUAUGGAUUCCGGUGGUGGAAGUCUCGGAUUGCACACAUCAGACUCCAGAAUGGCCCAUACCAUGAUUAUGCAGGAUUUUGUGGCUGGAAUGGCUGGUACUGCACAUAUCGAUGGAGAUCAUAUUGUUGUUUCGGUUCCUGAAGCUGUGUUAGUUUCUGAUGUUGUCACAGAUGAUGGGAUAACUCUUGAUCAUGGCCUUGCAGCUGAAGUUGUCCAUGGGCCUGAUAUCAUCACAGAGACUGAUGUGGUAACAGAAGGUGUGAUUGUUCCUGAAGCUGUACUAGAAGCAGAUGUUGCCAUUGAAGAAGAUUUAGAGGAAGAGGAUGGUGAUCAUAUCUUGACUUCUGAGCUGAUUACUGAAACAGUUAGGGUACCUGAGCAAGUUUUUGUGGCUGACCUUGUUACAGGUCCUGAUGGACAUUUAGAACAUGUGGUCCAAGAUUGUGUUUCAGGAGUUGACUCUCCCACAAUGGUAUCAGAAGAGGUUCUUGUUACUAAUUCAGAUACAGAAACUGUGAUCCAAGCUGCUGGUGGUGUUCCUGGUUCUACAGUCACUAUAAAAACUGAAGAUGAUGAUGAUGAUGAUGUCAAAAGCACUUCUGAGGAUUACUUAAUGAUAUCUUUGGAUGAUGUUGGAGAGAAACUAGAGCAUAUGGGGAACACUCCAUUAAAAAUUGCCAGUGAUGGUUCACAAGAAGAUGUUAAAGAAGAUGGAUUUGGUUCAGAAGUAAUAAAAGUGUAUAUAUUUAAAGCAGAGGCUGAAGAUGAUGUUGAAAUAGGUGGAACAGAAAUUGUCACAGAAAGCGAAUACACCAGUGGACAUUCUGUAACUGGUGUGCUUGACCAGAGCCGCAUGCAGCGGGAGAAGAUGGUUUACAUGGCAGUUAAAGAUUCUUCCCAAGAAGAAGAUGAUAUCAAUGAAAGAAGAGUUUCCCGAAGAUAUGAAGAAUGUCAAGCUUCAGGAAAUACUUUGGAGCCAACAUUGGAAAACAGAAAUAGUACAGCAGCUCAGUACCUCCAAAUUUGUGAGAGCAUUAAUACAAAUAAAGUACUUAAACAAAAAGUCAAGAAAAGGAAAAGGGGAGAAACCAGACAGUGGCAAACAGCUGUUAUAAUAGGUCCUGAUGGACAGCCCUUGACAGUAUACCCUUGCCACAUUUGCACAAAAAAGUUUAAAUCCAGGGGAUUCUUAAAAAGACACAUGAAGAAUCAUCCCGAUCAUUUGAUGAGAAAAAAAUAUCAGUGUACAGAUUGUGACUUUACAACUAACAAGAAAGUGAGUUUCCAUAACCACUUAGAAAGCCAUAAGCUUAUAAACAAAGUUGACAAAACCCAUGAGUUCACAGAAUACACACGAAGAUACAGAGAGGCCAGUCCACUGAGUUCAAAUAAACUUAUUUUAAGAGACAAAGAGCCGAAGUUGCACAAGUGCAAAUACUGUGACUAUGAAACUGCAGAACAAGGACUGUUGAACAGACAUUUGCUGGCUGUUCACAGCAAGAAUUUUCCUCAUGUUUGUGUUGAGUGUGGGAAGGGUUUUCGACAUCCUUCUGAACUCAAGAAACAUAUGAGAACCCAUACUGGUGAGAAGCCAUAUCAGUGUCAGUAUUGUGUCUUCAGGUGUGCAGAUCAGUCAAAUCUGAAAACUCACAUUAAAUCUAAGCAUGGUAGCAAUUUACCAUAUAAAUGUGAGCAUUGUCCCCAAGCAUUUGGUGAUGAGCGAGAGCUUCAGCGCCAUUUAGAUUUAUUUCAAGGACAUAAGACUCACCAGUGUCCUCAUUGUGACCAUAAGAGCACCAACUCAAGUGACCUUAAGCGGCACAUCAUAUCUGUUCAUACCAAGGAUUUUCCUCAUAAAUGUGAGGUCUGUGAUAAAGGUUUCCAUCGUCCUUCUGAGCUGAAAAAGCAUAGUGAUAUCCAUAAGGGUAGGAAGAUUCAUCAGUGUAGGCACUGUGACUUUAAAACAUCAGAUCCAUUUAUUCUUAGUGGUCAUAUCCUUUCAGUUCAUACUAAGGAUCAGUCAUUGAAGUGUAAAAGGUGCAAGAGAGGGUUCAGACAACAAAAUGAGUUAAAAAAGCAUAUGAAGACCCAUACUGGAAGGAAGAUUUACCAAUGUGAGUAUUGUGAAUAUAGCACUACAGAUGCAUCUGGCUUUAAACGACAUGUGAUAUCAAUACACACAAAAGACUAUCCGCACAGGUGUGAAUUCUGCAAGAAGGGAUUCCGAAGACCAUCAGAGAAAAAUCAGCAUAUUAUGAGGCACCACAAAGACAUUCUUAUACAGUAAAAUAAAUGUAAGGAAAAAAGUUAUUUAGAAACUAUGAUAUGCUACUUGGGAGGAAUAUCUCACUCUCUCAUCUGACUUCAACUCUUGAUAUUAAACCAUAACAUUACAUUAUUUGUACUAAAGAGCUUCAGAUAUUUGAAUUGAUAGGGGAUGUUACAGCCCUUUGGAUUUUACUUACAGAAUUUAAGAAGCACCGUAGAAUGGUUGCUGAAAAACUUUAUGUGUCUAUUCAUAGUGUUAUAUGCAUAAUUAGAGGGGAACAGCAAAGAUAAGUAGUGUAUUUGGUUGAUCCUAUUAGAGACAAAUGGUUCUGAAAAGAGUACUUAAUUGAGAAGUUCAGCAAUUCUUUGCUAUAGCAAGCAAGCCUCACUUCUAUGCAAUUUUAGAAAUGGGGUAGGGAAAUAAAAAUCAGUCAUCCAUCAGUCACUUAAUCAUUAAGCCUUUUCUAUUGUACCUGGAAAUUGAAUUCCAGAAAUGGCAAAGUUUUUUGUGUAUUCAUUAGAAGAAAUUCUACUGGAAACACGUUAGAGGAAUUCAUUAUUAUUUCAAAAAGAAUUUCAGAGCUGCUAAUAUUUUAUCAGAGGAUACGGUGUUUAAAAUAUCACAUUCUGUACUGAUUUAAGGUGAAGUUCAAGUUGAUUGUUCAGUGCAACGUGUAUUACAAAAGUCUAUUUGAGUCAAAUGUGGCUUUCUAAAAUGGCUGCAACGUUAGUGUUGCAAACAAAAUUAGCACUAUAUUUCUUAUUAAUCUAAAGAUUAAAAUGAGAGAACACAGUUUUCUUAAACAUUAUAAUGUUUAGAGAUUUUUUUGUAGGACAGUCUUAGCAGGUAUGAUUGUUCUAGUCUUACUUGCUCUAAUGUUUAAAGGUGCAAUUUUAUGCCAUUAUUGAAAAUUUGAUUUUUAAAAUCGAUAUACCAUGUUAUUAACAAGCAUUUUCAAUGAGGCAGUAUUUAUGCAGUAUUUAACAGAACAGUAUGCUGCCAAUAGAGUUUGGAGAUGGAUAUUCAGUUUACAGUGUAUAAAUUUAAAAUAUGCAUCCCUUUAACAACGCUUUGUGUUAGCAUGCUGCAAAUCAAAAUGGCGCUUAAUAUUUAAAGCUGGUUUAGGGAAAUUUAAUGAAAAUCCUGUUCAUAAAUGUUAUGCAUAUGAUGUGUACUUUUAAGUUUUAGUUGCUUCAUGUUUACAUUCAGCUGUUGAACAUACUUAAAAUGUAUUUUUACUUCAUGCUAUAUUGUGGCUUUGUGUUUUAUAUAAUGUUCACCUUUCUGUUUUUUGCACCAGAUAAGAAUCAGUUUCUGAAGAAUCAAUUUUUUAUCUUUCUUAACUUCAGAAUAUUAAAUUUGGGAAAUCAGCUAAAGUUGUGUGUUACGUGGCUGUAAAUGAUGUAAACGCUGUAAAAUAAGAUCGUCACUGUUACGUGGGAUUAUUAUUUCUAAAUGUUACUCAUUGAAAUGAGCAUACAAUAAAAAAGCAUUUAUUG